AGGGAGCACACUUUCUGAUAGGGGCAAAUUCGUCUGGGAAAACCGCUUUGUUCGAACUGACCAGGAGAUGUUUAUCAAAAAAAGCAAUCCGAAGGUUUCGUACAUACCGGACGAAUCCAAACCGGCUUACAUUAUAUGCAAUUUCGAAAUGAACCAAGAACUUGCAAACACGGUAAGCAACGUGAUGGAAAGCAAAAAAGAUUUGUCUAUGUCUUCAUCGUUUGACAAAACACCCCAAACUAAAACAUUCAUGUAUUCAUGUUGUUUUGUUUAUAAAAACCCUUCGACAGGAAAACAACUGUUAUUCAAGGUGGUUUGCGUGUAUGACAGUCCGAUGACAGUUGAAAAUAUGCGCUUGUAUAUCCAGCGUUUCCCAUUGGAAGGUUCUGUUAUUAAACUGGCAGAUUCGUAUGACGAAUGGAAAAGUGAUUCCAGGACAAAUCCUGAAUUAGCGAAACAAUUUUUGAAUUUAGAUAAACAGAUAGCGGCUGAUGAAGGAAUUGAAAAAGCAGCGGCCGAUGAAGGCAUUGGAAAAGCAGCGGCCGGUAAAAGCAUUGAAAAAGCAAUCAAUGCUUUCAGUAGUUUACUGAAUGGACUCGAAGAGCAAGCGAGAAAAAAUGAUAUUGGUGAAGAGAUCCUGCGGCAGUUGGAUGGGGUUGUAGUUGUUACAUUUCCUGUUCGCGGUCACGGACCCCUGCAACGGAACCAGAACCCAGAAAUGGGAAAAGUCGAUGGCGGAUAUGGAAAAUAUAGGAGUGCAUCAGAUGGAGCUGUGAUAAUACAUGCACUUCUCGACUCUCCAGACGUGGACCAUCAGGAAGCAGAUAAAACAUUCAACGAACUUAUCAGUCCUAAUAUGUUUGUCUUUAAAAAGAAAGAAAAGCAAGGAAAUAGUAGCACAUCUAAAUCAAACAAGGAACAAGAUCAGGAAUACGAAAUAGUUGUUGAGAAACAAGGUCACGCUGUUCCGUUGAUGAAAAUUCCCGAAGGUAUUCUGGAAGCACGACAUUUCAGUUUGUUGCUUGCACAUAAGAAAUACCAGACGAUUUGUCUUGAAGAGCCUGGUCGCGGUAUGCAUCCACCAAUGGUACAGAGAAUACGCGACUUGCUGCUGCGGAAACAGAAAGGAAAGACCUUGAUAGUUAUAUCACAUAAACCAAGCAUGGUCAAUUUCUGGGCCUUCGACAGAAUGUUUGUAAGCAGGACCAUCUUUCAUGCCGAAAAACCCUAUCACAGUGUGCGGAGGGUCAGAAGCGCGAUGCUGAGGC